AUGGGUCUGAUUGAAAAUGAACUUGCUCGACACUCUUUUUCUGCUAAUACCAUACAAGAUGACAUGCUCCCUUUCAUGAUCAUUAAUCCUCUUAAUGAGAUUGGCAAUAGCAUGGAGAACUCUAACAGCAAAUUUAUUGGUCUAGACUUUGCGUAUACAGUUCAAAGAGAAAACAACCACCUUCAACUGCAAAGAUUGAUUGUAUCUGAGUAUGAAGUGGCAGUUGUUAAUGAGGAAGUUGAAAAUGAAACAAACACAGUUGUUAUAAGUGGUAGAAACAAUUUUGUUUGGUUGCCAAGAAUUAUGGCCCAGAAUACAAAACUUCAUUAUCAAAGAGAAGACUUACAGCAGUUGAUGAAUGUUCCAGGAAAUUGA